AUGAUGCAUAUUUUAACCCAAAUUUGGAGAUUAGUGUUGCAGCCAAAGGUGUGGAGACUCGUUGGCUUUGCUUCAGCCGUUGUUGGACUGCUAUGUUAUGCUCUAAGCUCUUCCUUCAACCAUCUUUUUGGAAAUUGGAAUUUGUGGAAGAUUAUUCUGUAUACUGUUUUCAGCUUCAUCAUCAGCCUCAUGAUUUUGUAUGCAAAUAUAUGGAAGUCAUCUACAAGUCUCCGAUUCAAAGCUCAUGCAGCUUUCCUCGUAUUGACAAUCACUUCUGUCUAUUCCUUUUUCUUUGAUAAAGUAGUGAAUGGGAAACCAGAUGCAUACAGUCUCAUUUCAUGUGCUUCCUUUGCGAUCAUGUCACUCAGUUUGUCACGGCAAACUCAUUGCGGAGUUGAAAUUGAUCUUCUCUACUUCUUCCUUGGAUGUCUAAUUGUGCAGCUCAUGAAGAUUAGCUUGCAGUUACUCAUUCUUGGAGCAGGUUUCAGCUACUCCCUUAUUAUUCUUCAUUCUUCCUUCUCUUCAAUAGAUGAUGCAAUAGAAAAUGAGUAUUUUUACCUGCAAGAUGAAAAUUCAGUUGUCCUUAAAUUGGAUUCAUUGCUACUGCAACAACUUAAAACUUGUAUGACGGAAAUUGAAGAGGAGAAUUUGAAUCUUAUAGACAGGCUUAUGGAGCUAGUCAAGGAAUACAAUCAAGAUAAGAGUGAAUUACAUUUACUUGAUAAGUGUGAUUUUGUAAUGGAUACUUUGUCAUCAAGAAAGAUCCAUAAUCUUAAUGAAAUUGUGAAGUUGAUGAUAGCAGCUGGUUAUAAGAAAGAGUGCUAUGAUGUGUAUAGUAGUUGGCGCAGGGUAUUCUUGCAGGAGUGUCUCAUAAACAAAAUAUUUGGUUUGCGAACUACAAACAUCAAUAUUACCAUGGAUGAGUAUGAUACAGAGCAAUAUUUAGAUACCAUGUUUGAAAGAUGGAUGACUGCUUUAGAUGUAGCUGUUACAAUCUUGUUUCCCAUUGAACAGAAACUCUGCAAUCUUGUCUUCUCGGGGUUUUCCACUGCGGCUUUUAGUUGUUUCUUUGAGGUUUGCCACGGAGCAACGUCUCAGCUGCUGGGUUUUGCAGAUGUGAUUGCUUCUGGGAACCCUACGGUAUGGCGUUUGUUCAAAAUGCUUCGAAUAUUCGGGCAUUUGGAUAAGCAUAUUCCGAAAUUUCAAUCUCUUUUCCCAGAUUCAACAUUACUGAACGAAGCAAUUGCAGUUAGGAAUAGACUAGGAGAAUCUAGCAAGGAUCUUUUCAUUGAAAUGCAUAAUGUUAUUAUCAGAAUCCCAACUGCACACGAAACUGUUCUGUCUCGUGGCCUUAUUCAUCCAAUUACUUUUCAGGUCAUGAGCUACGUAUCUCUUGCUUGCAAGUCACGACAAAAGUUGGAACAAAUUUUACAAGCCUACCUCAAGGUUGAUAAUGAAGUGGAAGCAUCAUCUUUUUUCUUGAAGCAGAUGGAGCAGAUAAUGGAGAUGUUACCUAGAAAAUUGAUAGCCAAGUUGAAAAAUUUCAAGGACCCUGCUUUGUGCCAUAUUUUCAUGGUAAAUAAUAGGAGCUACAUAGAAGCUAUGAAUCAAUCCUCAGAAUUAGAAACUAUUUUUGGCAAUGAUUGGUUCCAAAAAAACAAAGCAAAAAUUCGACAAAACAUUGAACUUUAUAAAAGAAUUUCAUGGAAUAGGGUGUUGGACUUUUUAAAGCUGGACAACAAUGACAACAUUACAGAAGAAUUAUUGAAAGAGAAGAUCCAUUUGUUCAACACUCACUUUGAAGAGGUAUGCAAAGUUCAGUCUGAUUGGUUUGGUUUUGACAAUAAGCUAAGAGAAGAAAUUAUAUCAUCUGUGGAAAAUAUCUUGCUUCCGGCAUAUGGAAUCUUCAUUGGGAGGCUUCAGGAUAUGCUUGGUAACCAAGCUUAUAAUGACAUUAAAUAUGGAAUAUUUGAGAUUCAAGAUCGACUCAAUCAAUUGUUCCGAAAAAUGCAAAUGUAUGAAUAUAAAUCAGAAUACAUGUAUAAAACACUUGAGCGCUCUAGAAGCGAAAUGAUGACCCUCGCAGGGUUGAUGAGCAUGCCUUUUUGGUUGGAGCGGGGUGAAAGACCUUGCAGCGGAAAGGCCGCUAUUCCUGACUAG